UCUCCUUGCAACUCGAUUGUUAAUUGCUUGUCAAUCGAUCGGCCGACUGCGGUUUGUUUUAAUUAAUACAUAGUGGUUUUAUUACGGCAAAUUAUGUCGAUUCUAGUGCGAUUACGGGUGAAAAACGUUCAGAAAAUUGCUAUAUCUGGCUUGAAUUCCGCGUUUGCCACACAAACUGACAGUGCGACACAGUUGGAACCAGAUGAAUUCAGAGUUCUCAAAUUAAAACCAGAUCCACCGCCCCCAAGAACGUCCAGACAAGCAUCCAAUGCAUACAUACCACCUGCUAGGACAACCCAAAUGCCAACAGACCAAAAUUGGGGGGCUGUUUGGCCAGCUGCUCGGUCAUUCCAUCCGGCCACAGUUCCGUUACCCGUACGCCAGGGGUAUCCCUUGAAGAAUCAAGGUCCCAUCCACAAAUAUGGAAAUGCCGAGUUGAUGAAAAUUCCAAAUUUUCUUCAUCUCACUCCACCGGUUGUCAAGCAGCACUGCGAAGCUUUGAAACAGUUUUGCACACCCUGGCCUGCUGGUUUGGAGACCGAUGAGGAUUGCGAAAAACAUUUCCCUAUGGAAAUCAUCUAUUCGGAUUACUGUUAUUCCUCUCCCACUAUUAGGGAACCUUUGGCCAGGAUCGUUACUCGAAAAUUAAAACUUUCCAAUCUGAAGUUGGACCAACACGCUAAAGACAAGUUACUUCGAUUAGUCGGAGACAGAUACAAUCCCGAAACAGAUAUGCUAACGAUUACCUCCGACAGAUGCCCAACGAGAAAACAAAACCUGGAAUACACGGAAUACCUGUUCACUGUAUUGUUCCACGAAUCAUGGAGCGUAGAACCUUGGGAAGCCGAAAAGUCCGAAGCGGACAUGGAGUAUUACGAUUGGGACAGGAGCAGGAGUCGAGAAGAAUUAAUAACUCUUCAUUGUUGGCCUAAUCCUCCGACAGACAAUGACUACGAAACGAUUCCCCACGUCACCGAAUAUAAGAUCGCAGUUUCUGACCUCAUAAACAAUGGCGAGGACGAACAUUCGAUCAGUAAAUACAAAGAGGCGGUUAAGAACAUGCUUUUAAUAAAAAAGAAAGACGACGAAGUCAAAGAUUUGUAAUAUAGGUAACGAUAUGAAUAAAACCGUAGUGGUCAAAG